GCGGGGUCGGUGGGCGGGGCUGGCUCCGCCCCGCGCGGGCCCCGACGGCAGAGGAGCAGCGGCGGCCGCCGAGCCGGGGCGGACGCGGGGAGGACCGGGGACCGGCCGGCGCGGGGUAGCGGCCGCAGGAUGGCCGAGGCUAUCGGCUGUACUCUGAACUGUAGUUGUCAAAGCUUCAAGCCAGGGAAAAUAAACCACCGUCAGUGUGAGCAGUGCAGACACGGAUGGGUAGCCCACGCUCUAAGUAAAUUGAGGAUACCUGCUGUGUAUCCAGCAAGCCAGGUGGAAAUUGUCCAGUCCAAUGUGGUAUUUGAUAUCAGCAGUCUCAUGCUCUAUGGGACCCAGGCCAUUCCUGUUCGCCUGAAAAUCCUGCUGGACCGUCUCUUCAGUGUGUUGAAGCAAGAAGAGGUGCUCCAGAUCCUCCAUGCUCUGGAUUGGACUCUGCAGGACUACAUCCGUGGAUAUGUGCUACAGGAUGCAUCAGGGAAGGUGCUGGACCACUGGAGCAUCAUGACCAGCGAGGAGGAAGUGGCCACUCUGCAGCAGUUCCUUCGGUUUGGAGAAACCAAGUCCAUUGUUGAACUCAUGGCAAUCCAGGAGAAAGAGGAGCAGCCCAUCAUCAUGGCACCCUCCUCAGCCAGUGUAGACAUCAGGGCUUUCAUCGAGAGUUGUGGCCACAGGGGCGCUGGCCUCCCCAGCCCUGCGGACAGAGGGAGCCUCGGCAGCAUCCACCCCUUCGAGAACCUCAUAAACAACAUGGCUUUGAUGCUCCCCUUCCAAUUCUUCAACCCCGUGCCUCCCUCACUGGUCGGGUCGCUACCUGAGCGGUACGUGCUGGAGCAGGGCCAGGACCAAAGGCGGGACCCCCGGCAAGAAGUGCACACACCCUUCCCUGAUGGGGGUUUCCUAACCGCCAGGUCCACACCGUGUCAGGUUGAGAAGGAACCAUGUCUUAACUAUCCAGACGCUGUCACGAAAAAGGAAGACACUGCCCACUUGAGUGACUCCAGCUCAUACCACAUUGUCACUAAACUUGAAAGGACACAGCUGUCCCCCGAGAGCAAAGUGAAGUCAGAGAGGAGCAGCCUGGGCACCAAGAAGGGCCGGGUGUUCUGCACAGCCUGUGAGAAGACCUUCUAUGACAAAGGCACCCUCAAGAUCCACUAUAAUGCCGUUCACCUGAAGAUCAAGCACAAGUGCACCAUUGAAGGCUGCAACAUGGUCUUCAGUUCCCUGAGGAGCCGGAACCGCCACAGUGCCAACCCCAACCCCCGGCUGCACAUGCCCAUGAACAGGAACAACCGGGACAAAGACCUCAGGAACAGCCUCCAGCUGGCCGCCGCCUCCGACAAUUACAAGCACUCAGGUUUCACAAUGACCCCUCCUGACUGUAGGCCUCUGCCUGGCUACACUGUGUCGGGGGAUGACUCCAAGAGCCAGACGGCCUUCUCCAGCCUCGGGCAGAAUGGAGUGCUCUUCCCCAACCUAAAGACAGCACAGCCAGUCCUGCCUUUCUAUUGCAGCCCAGCCACUCCAGCAGAGCUGGCCAACACACCCGGGGGGCUGCCUUCUCUGCCCCUGCUGUCCUCGUCAACCCCAGAACACCUGCUUUCAAAUGACAUGCCCUUUGAUGCCCUUCCCAAGAAGAAGUCCCGCAAGUCCAGUAUGCCUAUCAAAAUCGAGAAGGAGGCCGUGGAAAUAACUCAUGAGAAGAAACUCAGCUCAGAUGAAGACAUGCCCCUACAGGUGGUCAGUGAAGAUGAGCCUGAGGCCUGCAGUCCCAGGUCCGACGGGGGACCUGAAGAGCGGUACACAACCUCAGGAAGCUUAGGGACACCCCUCCCCAAAGGAGAGAGGCCCUACCAUCAAGAGUCAGGGAAGGAAUCCAGUGGAGCCCCAGGCCACACCCCCGAGCAGGUCACACACAGCUGGGAAAGGCAGCCGGAGCAGAAAACGGCACUGACUGGGAUGCCAAGGGAGGCAGAGGAUCGUGGCGGAGAGCUGCCCCUCACUCCUGGGUUGGAACCAUGUGCUCCUUUCCCUGACUACAUCCAGCUGCAGCAGCACCUGCUGGCCAGUGGGCUCCUCAGUGCUCUGUCCACCAGAGGAAUGGCUUUUCCUUGUUUUCAAGAUUCUAAAGAACUGGAACACACAAGCCAGCACACAUUAGUGAGGAAGAAGGAAGAACACAGCUUCCAGUGUGAUAUCUGCAAGAAGACCUUUAAAAAUGCUUGUGGGGUUAAAAUGCACCACAAGAACAUGCAUGCUAAAGAGAGACACACGUGCACAAUGGAGGGCUGCCAAGCCACCUUCCCGUCACGCAGGAGCAGAGACAGACACAGUUCAAACCUAAGCCUCCACCAGAAAGUGUUGACCCAAGAAGCGCUGGAGAGCAGUGAAGACCACUUCCACGCAGCAUUCCUUCUGAAAGAUGUGGCAAAAGAAGCCUACCAGAAUGUGGCUUUUACACCGCAAGCCAACCAGACAUCAGUCAUCUUUAAGGGGACGAGCCGAAUGGGCAAUCUGGUUUACCCUAUAGCCCCAGUCUCCGGCACCACCCUGGAGAACUACAGCUCGGGUUCGCCCGGUGAAGGCACCAUCCUGGAUCUGAGUACUACCUCGAGCAUAAAGUCGGAGAGCAGCAGCCAUUCCUUGUGGGACUCAGAUGGGGCAAGUGAGGAAGAUAUGGUAUUUGUGGAGGACAGUGAUGGCCACUGUGAAGGACAGGGCCUGGUUGCCGGGGAAGAAGAGUACCCCCUCUGUGUCCUGAUGGAGAAGGCUGACCAGAGCCUUGCCAGCUUGCCUCCUGGCUUGCCCAUAACAUGUCACCUCUGCCAGAAGACAUACAGUAACAAAGGGACCUUCCGGGCCCACUACAAAACAGUGCACCUCCGCCAGCAGCACAAAUGCAAAGUUCCAGGGUGCAAUACCAUGUUCUCAUCAGUACGCAGCCGAAACAGACACAGCCAGAACCCCAAUCUGCACAGAAGCCUGGCCCCAUCUCCCAGUCCCCUGCAGGGAUGAGACCACCUGGACAUGGGUAGGCACCUGUGACAAUUCAGGAAUAAGAUAGCCAGAGAAGUCUUUCUAAGCUCAUUAAGAUCAUACAAGGCAAGUCAGGGAAAAAUUACUUGAGUUGACUUUCCAAUAUUCUACCGAGGACAAGCAAGAUCAGCCUGUGGGGAGCUGACACUGGUGUAGCCUUUUCUUUCCUUUUUCCUAGCCCGUAAGGGUUUUCACUGACAUGACCAAAACUUAAAGAAACAGUUUCUCCAGAUUUCUUCAUGCAUUCCCUGGGAGAGCUCCAGGCCUGCAGAUGGACAUCAGAUCAAUGUGAGCAGCCAGAAGUGAGGUUUACAGUAAGCUGCCCUUGCUAGAGGUCAGCUGGGCAUCCUGGGGAGGAUGAAGCACAGGUGAAGGCCAGGCCCCAGCCACCACAUUUGAGUUCCUGCUUUAUGAAUCUGAGAUCCAGAUCUCAGGCUUGGAAAAUGACUUUGUAAGACUCUCCACUUGGAGCAGAGAAUUGCUUUCAUGGUAUAUGUUCUUCCAGGGAGCUGUCAGAGGAAGUGGACUGGCCUCUCCCUGGCAGGGACUUAGAUAUACCAAGAGUGGCAGUUCUUGCUCUGUAACAUGCUUAAGCAGCUGGCUGGUAUUCCAUACACUAAAAAGCAGUGCUCUUCGGUUUGAUUUUAAAUGAUUUCUGCUGAUAUUUAAUUUGUGUUUUGGGUGACCUCUGCCCCAGAGUAGGACAAGUGAUAACCUCGACUUCAAGCCACCAGCUGUUCUUAUUGGGGGGCUUUGGAGUCUUCACUUUAUUCCCUGUGAAUUGAACACAUGCUUCUGGCAGGACAGUUUGUAGACGACACUCCAACCCAUGCACUUAGAAAAUGUGAUUCUGAUGGUCGUGCAUUUUCAGUGUCACUGGGUCUUCAGUCUCUGCCCUUUUAUGUGUGGAUGGACUUCCAAGUUCUCAUGGCAGAAAGAAGACUAGUACUUGAUUGCCAUGCUAUAUGUAUUAAUAUCGAAAUUAUUCUAAGUGUAAUCCACAUCCAUAUACAUGUGUACAGUUGUAGAAAGAAACCAGCUCCUGAGACCCAGCACUGACAUAGUCUGAGCAUCUGAGAAGACCAAAAGGAACUGAUUUUGUAGUAAGACUUUGAGUUAAUACCGUUCUGAACUUACAGUUGAUUUAAGUAAUGAAAAACAUCCUGAAAGAAAAUCAAGGAUUGUAAGAGAGAGAUUCCUCUAGCCCAAAAGUGGGAAAAGCCAACAAGCUGUUCCUGAUUAUUUCAACAUUUUUAACUUAAAAUUUUUCUCUGCUUAAAGAGAGAUGUAUCUUUCAACUGUUCUGGUACCCAGCUGUCUAAUAUUCUAGUUUCCCAAAAAUGGAGAAAUUUGUAUACAACUGAGUUUUCUAUGGUUUAAUAAAAUACAUGACACAGUUUUUGUUUAAAAAGGCAAA